AUCCUGAUGUGGGAUUUUGCAGAGUCUCACCACAACCUGUCCCUCAAGGAGCGCUGCUUCCUUCGGUGGGUCCACCAGCACUGCCAGCGAGCGGCCUACGUCUUCAAAGGGGACGACGACCUUUUCGUGAACCCCAAGGUCCUGACCGAGUACCUCCACCGGACGCCCAACGCCUCCCACUUCAUACAUGGCAACAUCCGGUUCCACGCAGCGGUCAUACGGAGGGGCAAGUACGCCGUCUCGCGGGACUUCUACCCGAAGAACCACUACCCCAACUUCGCCUCCGGAGGAGGGUUCAUCAUGUCCAGGCCGGUGCUGGCCGCCCUCUACCAGGCCUCCCUAGAGCUGCCCGUCUUCCCCCUCGACGACGUCUACCUGGGCUUCCUGACGCUGGCGGCCAGGAUCCCCCACCGGCACGACGGGGCCUUCCGCGUCUGGGGCAUCCCCAAGGAUGUCCUCUCGGCGUACCAGGAGUCCGUGACCGUCCACGGGCUCUCCAUGGAGAGGAUCGAGGAGGUGUGGAAGGAACUCGAGAGCCUCCAGCAGGACCCCAGGACCCCCUCCUGAGGCUUGCGGGCGGACCAGGCCUCCCCCCCCGGCUCCCACCCAGCAAGCGGAUGCCCCAGGUCCUCGGGGGCCCGUUGGGCCGAGGUGCCUUGGCCGGAGGGCUGGUCCACUCCCCACGUG